UAAAUGUCAGUACUGACAUCAAGGAGAUUUAUCUGCACAUCAUUAUCAUAUGAUUUGAUGAUUUUCAUGAUUUUAAACAGUUUGACAUCAGUUAACAAAUGCUGAAGAAUAUUACUAUUUUGAGUGCAAUGCAUUUUCAAAUUUAUUUAAAAUAUUUUUUGAAAUAUGGUAACACAUUCAUUUUUCUGUUUUCCAGGAUAUGCAGUGUAAAAACUGCAAAUUCAGCAGUUCAAGUGAAGACGUCCUUCUUAAACACUAUCGGCUGCAUCACCCAAGCAAUUCCAGCUGGCCUUGUAUUCAUACAGGGUGUGUUUGUGUCUUCAGGACAGCAGGCUUAGAGACCGAGUGCUUGUGACCCUGAGGACAUACCUGCCCCAUUGAACUUGCCUGAUGGCUUUACUACUAAGAGUUGUCAUUUCUUCAACUGAUGCCCGGCAACUCCAGCUUUUUGAAGUGCCACAGUCUGUGGAGUCCCUUAUUUCUAUUCUGAAGGAGAAACUGCAGUUACAAGGACAGUUCGUCUUGCAAUUUGAGGACCCUGAUUUUGGGAAUGCUCUUUGCAGCCUGACUGACAUCUCGGAACUGCCCAGUGACAAAGCAGUCUUGCAUAUUCAGUGGUGUAAUUCAUCAUUGUCUGAAACCAGCCUUUCUGUGUCAUCUCUUGAUACUGCCAGUGUUGACGACUCUGAUGGAUCCUUGACCAGCGCCACAGCCUCUGUACAAAGGUAUUUGCGCACAGCCUCAGAAUGGCCAUUCCUAAAACUACGCCGAGGGAAUGAGACAUAUUCAGAAACACAGAUCAGCAUUGAUGUGACAAGAGACAUAAAGAUGGAGAUUCUUGAUAAAAUAGUUCAGGCUGUUUUUGACAUAAAGGCAUAUCCCAACAAUCAAGAAACUGAGUCCAUUGCAUCCACACUAAUUUCCAAGUAUCCAUGCCUUAAGGAGCCUGGCAAAGGUAAGGGCUAUGAAGGAUGGUUGAUCAGCCUAAAGAACAAGCUAAACAAUUACCGUUCAAAAUUGAGAGCGGCAGGCUGCAAUGAAGUUAGUGUGAACAAGAAGCGUAAGGAUGUUGAACAUGGACAUGGUUUCACCAUGAAAAACAAAGCGUGGAGAAGUGAAUUUUGUCCCGGAACAUCCAUGCAACCACACUGAUGAUUCACUUGAAGAACAAAGGCUUUUAUUGAUCGAUGAAACAAAAAAGGCAAGAAGCAACAUGGUGGUCAUAAGUGAAAAAAUGGAAUUAACUUUUUCACUGAGGAGAAAAGAAGUGGUAGAAGAUCAACCAAUGGUUGUAGACGUGCAGCAGAGGUGGCCUGCACUUUUUCUCCAG